ACAGCAUGGGUGGAGGUGUGGGGGCUUAAACACCACCACAGGCCUGUAGGAGCGGAAGCCCUGAGUGAGACCCUGGCUGCUGGGAGGAGGUGGGGUGGGGAGCUCUGAGGGGCUCAGUACUCCCUGCCAUUGCGGUUACCUCCCCUACGGAUCCCUGGCCUCUGACUCCACCUACCAGCUCUAUGGGGGUGGGGUGGGGGUGGGGUGGGGAUGGGAGUGGGAAUUCCAGCAAGGCUCCUCCGCCCUCACCAGCGCUGUCGCUGUUGUCUGUUUACCUUGUACACCCCUUAAAGACACUUCGGAAAUGAACCUCUGAAGCCAUGCCUUGGGCCCUGAGCUGCUGCUCCUGUGUGUGUCCUUGAAUACCCACCCAGGUCCAGGGUGUCUGCCCCAGGACCCCUCCAGGCCCUUCCUCCAGUACCUGCCUGAGGCCUACAGGUGCUCAGCUUGUCAGGAUGCUCUUGGAGGUGCAGGUGGACCUUCAGGACUUGCUGGGACCAGCUUCCACAGUUUGUCAUGUGGAUGCUGGAGGCCAGGGCCGGAAGGCAGCUGGACAGCUGAGGGCCCAGGAGACCCUGCUUUAAGAUGCUGGGUGGGCUUCUCUCCAUCCACUGCCCCUCGCCUCUCCCUGGCCCUCCCCUGCCCCAUUCACAUUUCUGUUCCCUCUCUGCCUCAGUAGGCACUGGGCCCUUAGUGACCUCCUGGGUGGGUUUUUGAGGUCACUCAGUAAGCCAGGGUCUGACAACUCCAGAGCCAAGAAUCUGAUUGGCUCAGCUCAUCUCCUCACACCAGCCCCCACUGGAGCCUGUCUCAGGACAGCCAAUGAGGGGGCUGCCCCGGGCUGAAGCUUCUUCCUGGAUUUAGGCUGGGGCCGCAGCGGGGCCUGGUGGCAGGACCACCUCCCAGCAGAGGCAACCUGGAACAGAGGCAGGCGGGCAGGGCUGGCCAGGUACUACCUGUGUGACCGCUAGGAAGGAACUUUACAUCUCUGAGCCUGGUUUUCUUGUCCCAGUUUUUCACUUUGGAUAAAGAUUCAAGAGCCCCGUUUGGAGAGGCCCGAGUGCAGGAAGGGUCAGGACCGGCCUGGUGGUGGUGACUUUCUCCUUGGAGGGGCUGUGUUUUGGGGUUUCGCGGGGAGGACUCCCACCUGGACCGGCGGCCCCCCAGGGGCUCACCGCCCCUGCCAUGUCUCACCAGGAAUGGACCCGAAAGGGGGCGGCAGCCCUGCGGCCCUCGAGGACCCUCGGAGCCCCGCACGCCCUGAGCUCCCGCAGCUCCCGCGCCGCCCGCAGCUCCUGGAUGAGGACGGAGGACCGUUCCAUGGCUGGCUGGCUGUGCCCUCACUGCGGUGUCUGGAGGCUGGGGCCGGCCCCCUUACCGCGCCGUGGCCUCUGCCCCUACAGUACAACAGCCCUGUGGCCGGUGUGCCAGCCCCUGCCACGGCCGAACACAGGCCCUUGCCCAAGGACUACAUGAUGGAGUCCGUGCUGGUGACCCUCUUCUGCUGCCUGCUCACCGGGCUCAUUGCCAUCGUCUACUCCCACGAGACUCGUGCGGCCCUGCGCAGGGGGAACCUGGCCCAGGCUGAGGACGCCUCUCGCAAGGCCCGCUCGCUCGUGCUCUUCAGCCUGCUCUUUGGGGUCUUUGUGUCCACCAGCUGGGUCAUCUACGUGGUGGUAGCGCUCUACCUGCCUUGACGGCUGGUGGCUCCUUCUGGGACGCCAGGACGCCCAGGGACUCCCAGAGACUCCCGACCCAGCCAGAUUCUUCCUGCGGACUCCGAUCCCUACCAGUGGCCAUCUGCCACCCAGAAGGGACUGGGGACCAGAAGAAGGUGGGCUUUGCAGCCCUCGGCACACUGGUGGCUGGGCUUCCACCCCUGCAGGUGGCCCCUGGGCCCAGGCCCCGCCGUGGGGUGGGGGCCGAGGUCGUCCUGGACCUGCGCUGGCAGCGCCGCCAGGGCCCUUGCCUUCGCCUUACCCCUAGAGCCCGUCAGAGGGACCAGCGAGGACACCACAGCCGCCGCCUUCCCACCCCCAGCCCGGCUCUGUGACUGCAGGGCAGAGCUGCUGGUGUUCCUUCUUUCCUGAAGCGGGGUGGAGAGGGGUGGCCUCCUCUCUCCUUGCUCACUCCUGGCUGGUCGUUCUGGGCCCCAGCCAAGUCUGGGAGGCAGGCUCUCCUGCUGACCCCACGUCCAGAAACCAAGACGUCUGGUCAGUAAACAAAGAGCAACGCCCUGGGCAGAGCUUCGUGCUGCUGCCUCGGGGCCCUUGCUUGAGGGUGAGCGGGAGGUCUGUCCGCCGGCGACCGGGCUCCAGGGCGCCCUUCUGAGAUGCUGUUCACACACGGGCAGCUCUGGCGGGGAUCUGGUCUUCUGCACACACCAGGAAGUGCGGUGUCUGGCUGGUGGGGAGCACGUGGGGAGCGGAGCGGCUGGGUGCUGAGGGCGGGGAUUUCUGUAGGGUCCUUCAUGGCCAAAGGUGGUAGCGGAGCAGGGAGAUCCAUCUGCACAGAGAGAGGAGGAAGGUGCCCCCACCCAGGCUGAGCCAUAAAAAAUUGACAGCUCAAGUCAAAUCAGGUACUUUCUGAGCACCCACUGUGCGCUGCUUGUGGCCCUGGCACCCACAGCGGGAGCUGAAGCAGGAUGACAUCCCCCCUCAGCUGGAGGGAUGUGGAUGAGGAAGUAAGUGAUGGCUGACAACGCCUGGGAGUUCUAGGACAUGGGGCUGGUCCAGAGUGAGGACAGCAAACCCUCAAAUGCAUGACAGCCGCAGGCAAGGAGGAGGGAAGCGUAUUGUAGGCAUCCUUAGAUGCCAGGAAGUAUGUGGUAGUCUUCCCCAGUCACAGCUAUUCCUGUUACCAAAUUCAUAAGCAAAAUCACAAUAGAAAUCGUCUAGACCAUUGUUCCUUGAACUUGAGAGUCUAUAUGAAACACCUGGGAAAUCUUAUUAAAAUGCAGAUCCUGAUUCAGGAAGUAGGACCCAAGGUUCUACAUUUCUGACGAGCUCCCCAGGUGAUGCUGGAGCUGCAAGAACUGACAGCCUGUGGUGCGCUAAGUGGGAAGUUUCUAAAACCAGGAUCAAGCCGUGGACGCCCCCUAGUGUCUCUCUUCAACCCUGAGGUUCUGGCUAAUGUGAAGCACAGCAAAGAGAAAUUCGCAGUGUGAAAACUGGAAGAUACAGAAUGAGUCUCUAGCUGGAAUAUUCAAGAGUCAAUUGAAAACGAGAAUAAAGGAACUCAGAAAAGUGGAUA